AUGGCAGGCUACGGCUCUUUAGGCGGAAGGGGUCAAGAUUCUCUUCUCGAUAAGAUACAGGACUCAAUCUUCGCUUUCGCAUCGUCUCUUCCAUGCGCUGCCGAUCUUUGUCAAACAUUCGGGGGAGGAAAUGCAGGAUCAUCUUCUGGAACCUCGAAUAAUGCUGUUAGUGGGACAUUGAAGCUAAAUGGAAGGAAUGUACAGAUUGUCAAAUUACUGGGAGAAGGAGGUUUCAGCUUUGUGUAUCUGGCAAGAGAUCGUGAGAGCGGUAGGGAGUUCGCAUUAAAGAAGAUAAGGUGUCCCGCUGGUUCAGACGCUCUUCCUCUAGCAUUAGCCGAAUUGGAAGCUCAUCGUCGAUUCAGAAGCCCGAAUAUCAUGCAGCUCCUCGACAGUGCAGUCGUUCAAGAUGCUGAUGGAAAGACUGUUUAUCUCUUCUUACCUUUUCAUCCGAUGGGAAAUGUUCAAGAUUAUAUCAACAAAAAUCUAGCCUCGAAUCGGAAAUGGGCGGAAAAGUCAUUGCUUGAAGUGUUCUUGGGCUCUUGCCUUGGUGUUAAGGAACUGCACAGCUACAAACUGAAAGAUGUUGGAGCCGAUCGGGGAGGAAUGACAAUUCCCUCCUCACAGGAUGACGGAGAUCACGAUGGCGCAGCUGAUCAAGCUCCAUUGCUUGAUACCCAAAGCGGAAGGAUACCGAAUCAUGACGAUGAUGAUGACGACGAAGACGAAGAAGGCCCUUUUGGUGCUAGUGCAGCUGUUGAUGGCUCUGAGCCCAUACCGUCUUACCCUCCCCAACCAAAGCGGAACGCUUAUCAAGAACGCCAGCCCAGACCGAGCGGAGAAGAUCUUCAAGGUCUUUCAAAAGGAGAUUUGGUACCGUAUGCACAUCGAGAUAUCAAGCCGGGAAAUAUCAUGUUAUCACAAGCUUCAACGGAAGAAGGUGAAGCGGUCUUGCAUCCUACUUUGAUGGACUUUGGAAGUACAGUAAAAGCAAGAGUACAUAUAAAAACCAGAAGGCAGGCAAUCGCAGAACAAGAUGUUGCCGCUGAAAGGAGCAGUAUGGCUUAUAGAGCGCCAGAAUUGUUCGAUAUUAAAACGGAUACUACACUAACAGAAGCUGUGGACAUUUGGUCUUUGGGUUGUACACUUUAUUGCAUGAUGUACUCUUAUUCACCAUUCGAAACGCCAACCAUGAUGGAACAAGGCGGUAGCGUGGCAAUGGCAGUCUUACAGAAUAAUUGGAAGUUCCCUACUGACAACGAUUCAUACAGUCAGGCAACAAGGAAGAUCAUCGAACGUUGUCUAGUAACAAAAGUCGAGGAUCGUGCAAAGAUUGAUGAAGUGAUCAAGCUUACUCAGGAAGCACUACGCCAAGUAUCAUGA